CUUUUCGGGUGAGCAUAUGCACAACAGGCCAAGAUAACCAGAGUAGAAAGGCCCAGGAAAAGAACUUGGGGCUUGUCAUACAUGUGUCAUCAGCCAGUAACAUAAAGAUCGACGGACUGGAAGAGAAGCUGGCACGCUGCAGACAGAGCAUGGAAGAGGUGGAUCUUAAGCUGCGCAGGGAGAAGCUCAGCCCUGAAGGAAGAAAGUCACUGGAGAGAGAGAGAGACUUACUAAUGACCAAAGCUGACAACUAUGAGAAAGAACUGAGUGUGCUUCGUAAGGAGAAUCGCAAGAAUGCUGCCCUUGCUGUGGCCAUGGGGUUGCUGAUUGCUCUUAUUUAUGUCUGCUGGACAAUGUGAUUGCACUCAAGAAUUCUCCCUGCUGACCAAAUGACUCUCCUGCAAGGAGCUCUUCCUCCUCAUACCACUGUGCCUCGCCCAAGGGUGAGGAUCAGCAUUUCAAAUUGCCGUUCUUGUUUAUCAUCUCUAAGCCUUGUUGUAGGGAAGAUUUUUCUCUGCAAGCUGAGGGGACAGGAGACAAAACAGAAAUCACAGCACACUUACACUUGGAAAUCAGGUCAAGCAGAGCUCAAGGUGGUGCCGUCUUACCCAAAACACAGUCAAGACCAUCCAGCCUGAUACAGGAGUGCAAUACAUUCUCCCUUUUGAAGAGGACCUGUGGUUGCAGACAGUACUCUCUGCUUAGCCCAGGUGGAGUACGUGCCAACUUGUUUCCUGUGACUCAAGCCAAAAGCUGAAGGGACACUGAGCUCUUUGAAUCAAAGGGUAAUCUUUAAGUAUUGCAACCUAAUAAUUUAUGUGUUCCCAGAGCUGACCUAAAGAUGUUUCCUACUCCACCCCAACUUACAGGACCAAAGGAAUCCUACCUCCACAAAAACAG